AUGGGCCGUCCCAAGCGCAAUGUCCUCGCCGCGGCGGAGAAUACCCUCUUGCCUCCCACAGCCUUGUCGCCAAACCAGUCUGUCGUCCGUGUGAUCAAGCCCGAGGGCAACAACCUCUACACAUGCGAGUUCCCCGACACAAAGACCCGACUCCUCGAACUUGCGCAGCGCUUCCGCAACACCAUCUGGAUUCGCAGAGGCGGAUUUGUGCUUGCAGAGCUGUAUGAAGGACAGAGUGAGGAGGUCAGGGCCAAGGGGGAGAUUGUCAACGUGGUUCGCAGCGAGAAGCAAUGGCGCAAGCAGCCGUACUGGCCCAAAGAAUUCCACGAAACAAGCGAUAGCGACUCAGAAAAUGAGUCGACGGUCGGAAAGAUGCCGCCCUCCGACUCCGAAUCGGACUGA